GUUGCCCCAUGCGAGCUUGCUGAAGGGCACCUCCAAUUUCGCAAUCACAACCGCUAAUUCAGCCGGGUCUCAGCUUCUUCUCAAGGCUUGUUUCACCUUUUCGCGAGCGCACCUCUUUCCCAAACAUAUAUCGCACAAUGGGCUGGCUUCCCUGGUCUUCCGACUCCCCCUCCUCCAAUGCCGCCUCCGACGGCGGCCGCAUAGCCCCGGACCGAACCUCCCGGCAACGGUGCUACGAAGGUCGCGACCUGUUCUUCUCGUGUCUGGACAGGAACGACAUCCUGGAUGCUAUCAAGAACGACAAGGAUGCGCAGCGGAAGUGUGGAAAAGAACUCGCACAGUUUGAGACUGCUUGCUCGAGAGCUUGGGUCAAAUACUUCAAAGAAAAGCGUGUCAUGGAGUACAACCGGGACAAGACAAUCGAGCGCAUCAAGAAGGAAGAUGCAGCCAAGGUCGAGGAUCUAAAAUCACAGGGAUGGACUGCGCGGUAAAAAUGAGCGCUCAUAUUGAAGCCCCCCCAAGGGGAUCCAAUAUCGAAUGGUAGGACAGUGCUAUCAGCUCGAUAAUAUAUCAAACUGUACUAUAUCGACCCUACACCCCGCCCAUGUAUAAUGACUCGCAUACGGGCCAGGCCCCAUCUGUCAAAGGUCUACAUGCUCUCCACUUAUGUCUCAAGAAUACCAC